ACAACUAUACAUAGUCAUUGCAUAACUUUCACUUACAGUGAAAUAAAAACCAUUACAGCAGUGCUUAAAAACGGCGGAGACUCGGCGAGAGACAGAACUGCACAGAUCCACCACAGCUCAAUAAUCAGAAAAUCUUCAGUACCAAAAAAGAUGUUGUGUGAAGGUAAGCUGUGGAGUGUGGUGUUUGAAGCUGAACUGGAGUGUGUAAAUCCCCCUACAUGCUGCACGGUCACAGUGCCAUCAUCGUCUUUGCCAAGCUGCCCCCUGUCAGCACGAAGCUCCGUCCACUCAUCUCUAGAAAAUACAACCAGGACCAAGACCCAGCAGAGCGAUGCCCAUCCUUCCCCCACUGAUCCUGAGGCAGGACGGCAACUGGCCAUAGGUGUAGAUAUUCCCAGGCCUGCAGACACCCCAGAAGCAGAGGCCUUUUUGGUGCCUUCAUGCUGCCACAGCAUCUGCCAGCAUUACAGCGAUUUACAUAUUGCUGGUGGCCAGGUGCUGCCGUUCAGCCCAUGUGCAGGGGAUGUACAAGGCAAUCUCAUUCAGGACCCCCAGCCCGGGCCCUUCCUCCUUUCUGGAGAUGUUCCCUCCCCCUCCCUCCUGCCUCCUCUGGUCCAUGAGUACAGGAGUUCAAGGCGCUGGAGGGAAGAAAGUGGGCGCGAGCGUCCCUCUCUUCUGCAGUUCAGCCAGCCCCUCUCUAACUCACAGCUCAACGGCUACCUGGAGCAGAAGCUUUUGGAGCUGUACAAGCAGUACCUGACGGAGGGACCCUUGGUGACCAGGCCCGUCAUGGCAUCUGAGCUACUGCAGACCAGUCUGGAUCAGAUGACUCUCCAGCUGAGCCGUGAGCAGAACAUGGAGACGGCACGGGCCAAAGACAUGCUCCUCAGCUGCCUGCUUAAAGUCACCAGCAGUUACCAGUCCAGUGAAAUCAGCACCCCUAUAUUGCAGAUCUCCACUGAUACGAAGUGAGUUUGAUAGUGGAAAGAGAUGGAAAGACAUGUGUAAUGUGUUACUUGUAACAAGUAGUUAAUAGCUUGAAACUAGCAUGUUAAUCAUUGAUUAUGUAAAGUAAUAAUGAUUCUGAAAAUGCAAAAUAAAUAUCACAUUUCUAAUUCAAA